UUCUGUUAAGUGAAUAUCUCUUGCAAAAACAUGCAGCCAAGAUGAAGACGUGGAUUAUAUUUCUCUGCCUGAGCAAUGGAUGGAUGCAAACAACCCAUACUGCUGCUGUAACCCCAGCACCCUCAUCUGCAACAGUGACACCCACUGAAGAUGACAGCUCCCAACUGGUGGAUUGGUUGAUGAAGUAUGGCUACCUCCCACCCCCAGACUCCUCCACAGGACAGCUACAGGCCUGGACAGCUGUUACUAAUGCUGUCAGGGCCAUGCAGAGAUUUGCAGGCCUCAAAGACACUGGAGUCGUAGAUGAAGAAACAAUGGCGUUAAUGAGUGCUCCACGCUGCUCCCUACCUGAUGAGCAAGAGCCAUCUAAAUCACUGACCAAUCAAGAAGAGAGACACACAAGAAGAAGGAGGAAAAGGGCUAUCUCCAUGUGGACCCGCAGGAACAUCAACUGGAGGUUGCGUUCAUAUCCCUUAUCUUCCCAUCUGUCUCGGGAGACGAUUCGCUCACUGGUCUUCUAUGCUUUAAGAGUGUGGGCAGAGCCUACACCGCUGGAGUUCCAUGAGGUGGGAAGUCCCGAGUCAGCUGACCUACAGAUAGACUUCCUUCAUGGUUACCACGGUGAUGGCUAUCCCUUUGAUGGGGCAGGCGGUGCAGUUGGCCAUGCUUUUUUCCCAUCAGAUCCUUCCCGGGCAGGAGGAGUUCAUUUGGACGCAGAGGAAGAGUGGGCCUUCAGACAGCCAGCCUCGGAGGGUACUGACCUAUUCACAGUUCUGGUCCAUGAGUUUGGCCACGCACUGGGCCUGGCUCACUCUUCUUCCCGUCACUCAGUAAUGAGGCCAUACUACCAAGGUCCUGCUGGAGACCCCCUUCACUACCGCCUGGGAUCCCAAGAUCUAGAACACAUCACCCAGCUCUAUGGUAAAAGGAACCAGCUGCUGGCUACCGAUGCGCCCCGCCUCGCCCCAGAGCCUCAGUUACGUCACAGAGGCCACCACUAUCAUCACAGAUAUGGUCCCACUGUAGAUCGCUGUAACACCAGUUUUGAUACUGUGGCAACAAUCCGGGGAGAGACAUUCUUCUUCAAAGGACUGACUAUGUGGCGAGUCAGCGGUGGGGGUUUGGUGUCGGGUCGCGGGGCCUCAGUCAGGAGACUGUGGAAGGGUCUACCUCCUGACCUGCCAAGCCUUCACGCUGUGCUGGAGAGACAGUCAGACCAUGCCAUCAUCUUCAUCAGUGGUUCCCAGUUCUGGCUGUUCAGGGACCUCUCCCUGCAGGACGGCUACCCUCAGCCCCUGUCAGCUCUCAGGAUGGGGGUGAGCUUGGAAGGGGUGGAUGAUGACGACAUAGAGAAGGAGGAAGAGGAGGAGAAAGGAGCAGUUGGGAAGCGGGGCUUGGUCUGGGACCCAGAGGAGGGCCCUGUGUGGGGGGAAAUGGGAGACGGCGAUAAAACAGAGCAAGGUGACACCUGGACUCAGCUUCUCAGAGAGGGUGUCAGUGGAAUCACGACACACAGCGAUGGUUCUGUCUAUCUCUUCAGAGGAGACUCCUACUGGAAGUUCAUGUUUCCGGGCUCCUCACUGCAUGAUGGGUACCCGCGAUCGUCAGCCGCUGACUGGCUGGACUGUCCAGAUUCCUCCUCAUCCUCACCUGUGGAGGACGAUGUCUCCUUGUCACUCUCUCCACAUGCAGGAAGACAGGAGCUCCGUGAAGGAUGGAGGGAGGAGAAGGAGGAAGCGGGAGGAAAGAGG